AUUCAGUGUGAUGAAGUGAGAAUUCGGGGAUAGCUCGCAAAUUCAAAGCUGCCGCCUUCUUAGCUCAGUGUUGCGAGUCAGCCGCCGAGCGGGACGGACGUGUGGCGGAGCUGGACGUCUGGCUGUAGUAAACACAGGCUGAGUCGCUGCGUUUGAGGUUAGUGGUGCUGCUAAGCCGCUAUUCGUGUUGCACUUGUAUUCAUGAAGUUCUAGAAUGAAUAGGUCGAAUUAUUUGAGGAAAGACACAAUCAAGUUUACUUUCGAUUGAAAUUUCGUUCGACCUAAAGCAUUUGAAAUUAAAGCAUGGUUUAUCGAAAAAGUAUUGAUUAACGGUGAUGAUGUUGUCGGAGUUUAUCUCUCGUUUGUGACAAAUGCUGUGUAUAUGAAGAUGAAAAGUCCAGAAUUAUGUAGUUCCAUUGUGGAUCGUUGCGGAGGUAGCGUGAAGUUUAAUCAUUCUGAUGGGAAUGUGAGUGACGUUGCUGUUAGUCAUGCUGGGUACGGGAUUCGUACGAUCAGAGUGUUUGAGCUCCCUUUUGAAAUUCCGCCCGAAGAACUUAAUGUUGCCCUUCGGCCUUAUGGCAGAAUUAUUUCCAAUGUGGCAGAAAGGUGGUCUGAAGCUCAUAUGUUUCCUGUCUUGAACGGCGUAAGGCAAAUUAAGAUUGAAUUACAGAAGCAUGUCCCCUCUUAUCUUAAUAUUUGUGGGUAUCGUGCUUUGAUUAUCUAUGAUGGGCAACCGCGGACUUGCGCUUUAUGCAAUUCCACGGAACACAUUCGUGCAGAAUGUUCACGGAGGCGUGUCCCGCAGUUACCGCGUGACGAGAUGCCGAGUUCCGGCCCUGUUGUUGGUAUGAAGUUGUCAUACGCUGCCGCUGCUGACUUCCGCAGCCGAGGCGAGUCGGUGCCGCCUGUGCGCGGGGAGCCUGCUGCCUCGCGGGCGGUUGUCGAUGAUACUCCGGCUUCAAGCUCUAGAUUUGCGGAUGGUCUGCCGAUCAGCUCCGCGCCCCUCGAAUCUAUGCCGACGCCAACUUUUUCCAACUCUCCCACUGUGGUUGCUCGUUCUUCCGCGGACUCGGCCGAAGAUCCCCAAAUACCCGCAACGGAGGUUUCCUUGCGUCGUCAGGAUUCCCACCAACGUGAGGAUAUUGCCACUAGCUUCCGAGGAGUGGACGCUCCAGGCAUCCACUCUGCGGGAACUAUGAACGAAGAUAGCAAUCUGGACAUUGGUUUCACGUUGGCGCCCACAGAAGACACUUGCGUCAAGGAAACCACAACGAGCGAUAGUGUAGAAUUGGAGACUGGGUUGCUACCAGUGGGAGCCAUGGAAAAAGAUGCGCCUCCUUCUGCCGUUGUGGAAUGCGAUACGCGGACUUUUGUCCGAAAAAAGGAACAGGCGACGUCAGACGUAUCAUCCGGUACUUCUCCUGACAGGUCGCAAACUUCAUCUCCUGCUAGAUCGCCGAAGAGAUCUUCGAAGAAAGGCAAGAAGAGGAGAUUGGCACACAAAGCAGCAGAGAGUUUAGCUCCUGCAUUGCGGGAAAAGUUAAAACAUUUAAGGGAUAAUGAACGACUACGAGAACAAUGCCCAGUAGCACGAGUUAACGAGUGUACUGAAGCGGAGAUGAGUCGUGCCGAUGCAGAUGAUCUUCACCAACAACCUCGCGCACCGCUUGGCGUCGCAGGUUUGCAGACCGGCACUACUAUGGAUUUAGACCGAACUGUCUCAGGAAAAGGACUUGAUUGGGCCGAUGCCCAAGAAGAUCGCACCGACCACGGAAUGGAGAUGGACCUGACACAUGCUAGUGGCAUUUAAAUUUUUUUUUUUUAAUGUCUAUUUUUCUUUCUGACAGACAGAAUGGAAUGGUACAGACGUGACUCUGCAUGGGGCAUACUUCAUUAGCCAAUUUCUUUUACCUGCACCUAUGCCAACGGAACUGACAUAUAAUGUGACCACGAUCAAUAUAAAUCGGAUUCGCAGUGAAACGAAAGUCGCUUCUUUAAAAGAUUUCCUUUACCAGUCGGAUACUGAUAUAGCCCUCCUACAGGAAUUUAAUGUCCACAACUUUUAUGUCCCAGGUUUUCAAGAGAUUUUAAAUAUUGCACCGGAAGCCACAUGUGGGACUGCGAUCCUUGUCAAAGAUGGUAUUGAUGUGAAGGAUAUCUGUCUGUUAGAAAAUGAGAGGGGCAUCAGUUGUAAAAUUUUUACUACUACUGUUUUAAAUGUAUAUGU